AUGCCCCACAGCGAGAUCCAAACAAUGCCAUUGGUCCAGAACUGUUUUGCCGACGGAAAGAAGGUGUUUUUGCCCCGAUGCACUGCGUUGAAAGCCGGCAUGGCCCCGCGGUUCGCCAAACAGAAGGCAUUCAUGGAGAUGAUCCGCAUGCCAAAUGUGAGCUCGGUACAAACUCUUACCCCACAUGGGCCUUACAAGCUUUUAGAACCCACGGAGGGGCAAGGUUUUUUCUCCACCCUAGAGAUGCCGGCCGAUACUGGCACCGUGGAUCUCAUCAUUCUUCCAGGAGUGGCAUUCACCAAGAAGCUCCAGCGCAUGGGACACGGUGCAGGGUUCUACGACGACUUUAUUAAACGCUACCGAGAGCUGCCCCUUGUCCAGGGCCGCUUAUUGCAGUUAGUGGCCGUGGGAUUGAAGGAGCAGUUGGUGGAGAGUAUUCCCGUUGAAGAGCACGACGAGACAUUGGAUGGAUUGGUAAUUGAUGGCCAAUGGUUUGAGUAA